AUGAUGAAAUCUUCGGAGCUUUGGUCGGUUGGAAUUGGUCCAUCUGGGAAGAGGCUAAUAUGUGAAGAAUCGACGGGAUUGCCACCUGGGUUCUGUGAUGCACUGCUGAUCUGGGCUGAAGGUAAAAGAAAAGACGCCUGCCAGAUAUCCGGUGUAUAUAAUUCAGCUUUACGGAUUAAAGGGAAUCAGUUUGCAAUAAUUCCUCCUCACUGGUAUCACUUAUCUGCGGCAGAACGUGAUAGUCAAGCAAGGCGCGUCACCCCAUCGAAACAUCAAACACCACAUUGCAGGGAGAAACAACACCCCAUAAUUUGCCAACCGCAUGUCAAGGAAGUUGCGACAAUAAAGAGGGCAAAGGCAGAAAAGUUUCUCGAUGUCUCUACUGCACGUCGCAUGCGAAUCUUCAAGGCCUCGAAGUUCGAUCUAUUUUGGAACGGGUCGCAUCUUGAUUUUUGGGUACAUUAA